UUCGAUUACUUUAAUAAUUUUCUGUGGUUGGUGUUUCAGUUUCUCAUAAUCUGAAUCCCUUAGAAGCUUGUCGGUGGAUUAUUACCUUAUUCGGAUGCUAAGUUGCAAAAAAUCAUUACGAAUUUCUCAGCUUUUUUUUUUGGUUGGUAGCUGUAUGUGAUGGAGUUCUUGUGUAUCAUUAAUUUUUAUCUAGUAAUUAGAAGCUGCAUUUUCGGUUUGGUGAGCUAUAAAAGCAUGCCUAUGAUGGUGUAACUGUGUGCUUGCGUGUUAAUGGAUUGACUUGCACUUGCAUUUCCUUUGGCUAGGUGUAGGGUUUUAGUAUUACAAUCUAUGAAUUGUUGGAUUGUGUACUUGGGGGAAAACUAAAACCCUAGAAAACAUGCCAACCCCAAUUGUAAUAACGCAUGUGUGUUCAAGUGCAUUGAUUCUUGAAGCAUUACGUGCUGUCUUGAGCUAAGUAAUUUGGCUUCAAGUAUUUGCCACCUUGUGUGGGGCUUACUGUGGCUUUUAUUUUGCUUCCGUCCCUGUAACAACCAGAGGAGUUUGGUUGGUUGGUUCUAUGGUGUGCAGUCGAAGUUUUAUUUUAUCCAAGAUUACUAUCUGAUGAAAAUUUGAAAUGGUGGAUUUCUUUUUAUUACUUUUUGUAUGUUAGUUGCUUUGCAGAUCUUAUUUUACUGUUUAGUUGUUGUUGAUAAUUUUAUAGAUAUACUUACUGCCAUAAUUUAUCGUGUUAUCUUGCUUUUCUGUUUCCGGGGCAUCAUCGCUGUAGCUAAUAUUAUUUCGUGAAUAAUUGGUGCGUCGCCGUGCUAAAUAGUAAGACUAUUUGGAAGACUCUGAAGGGAGGUGGGUUUCACAGAACUAGCCAUGGAGCAGUAUGAAAUUCUGGAGCAGAUUGGGAAAGGUUCCUUUGGCUCAGCUCUUCUUGUGAGGCAUAAACAUGAAAAAAAGAAAUAUGUGCUGAAGAAAAUUCGUCUUGCUCGUCAGACUGAUAGAACUCGCAGGUCUGCCUACCAGGAGAUGGAGCUUAUUUCUAAAGCAAGUAAUCCCUUUAUUGUGGAAUACAAAGAUUCCUGGGUAGAAAAGGGCUGCUAUGUGUGCAUCAUUAUAGGAUACUGUGAGGGUGGAGACAUGGCUGAAGCUAUAAAAAAGGCCAAUGGUGUUCAUUUUUCUGAAGAGAAACUUUGCAAGUGGCUAGUUCAACUCCUGAUGGCUCUUGAUUACUUGCAUGCUAACCACAUUCUUCAUCGUGAUGUCAAAUGUUCAAAUAUAUUUUUGACAAAAGAUCAAGAUAUUCGACUAGGUGAUUUUGGUCUUGCUAAAAUGUUAACUUCAGAUGACCUUGCUUCUUCUGUUGUGGGAACUCCCAGUUACAUGUGCCCUGAGCUUCUUGCUGAUAUUCCCUAUGGUUCCAAGUCAGAUAUUUGGUCUUUAGGAUGCUGCAUAUACGAGAUGGCAGCUCACAAGUCUGCAUUUAAAGCUUUUGAUAUUCAAGCACUGAUUAACAAAAUAAAUAAGUCCAUAGUGGCUCCUCUUCCUACUGUGUACUCUGGUCCCUUACGGGGGCUGAUUAAAAGCAUGCUGCGAAAGAAUCCAGAGCUUCGACCAAGUGCUGCAGAGUUGCUUGGUCACCCACAUCUUCAACCUUACCUUCUUAAGAUUCAUUUAAAGUUGAAUGGCCCGAGACAGAAUACUUUCCCUGUCGAAUGGUCUGAUUCCACCUUCAUAAAGAAAGCUAGUUUUGUGGAUCCACAAGCUGUUUCCAGUUUUACUGCCAGAGAAAAAAGGCGAUCAUUCAACAAUGACAGGGCUUUGAAUCCUAGCAUAUCAGGAACUGAACAAGACUCCCACCAUUCUUCUCAAAGAGAUCAGGAAUCCCCAGCCCCAAUUUAUUUGAACCAAAGGUUCACUGAAUUAUCUGUCGGUGUUGUCCAUGAAGAAUUUGGUAAUACGGCAGCAAAGUUCUCAACAUAUGCCAGAACCCCAAGAUUGAUGCCCUCAAAAAUUUCUGCUACUCCUAGAAGGCAGUCAACACCAUCCAAGAUAUCAUAUACCACUUCAAAGCGUGAUUCGCUUCCAGUUUCAUCUACUACAGUGAGCAAAUCUUCCCAUACUGCACGCAGAGCAUCUCUUCCAUUUCCAACGAGAGCUGCAGCAGCAGGAACCCAUUAUAAGGCCAGUCAUGGUCUUCUUCAUAGCAUGGAUUCUCCAAACGUUUCUGUGAAUGCUCCACGAAUUGACAAGAUCGCAGAAUUUCCAUUAGCCUCUUCUGAAGAUCCUUUGAUUCCCAUCCAUGGAACGUCAACUUCAGCACAAUUCUCUUCAUCGCCCUACAGCGUGGACUGCUCAAUCACAAAGGACAAGUGUACAGUUCAGGUUCUAGAGAGAGCUAUAUCCAAGCACCGUGUAACCGAUGCUUGCCAGCGAAUUGGAAGUGAAUGCUCAGAGCAUAAUCCAACAAGUGGUGUUUCAAGCCGUUCUUCCUCAGACUCUAGACAGCAGCGCCGGUUUGACACCUCGUCAUACCAACAGCGUGCCGAGGCUUUAGAAGGAUUGCUUGAGUUUAGUGCGCGCCUUUUGCAACAAGAACGGUUUUCAGAGCUUGGGGUGUUGUUAAAACCAUUUGGGCCCGAGAAGGUUUCUCCAAGGGAGACUGCCAUUUGGUUGGCUAAGAGCUUCAAAGAAACUGCAGUCUAGGAAGAAACAUGAAACAAGUUGUCUUUCCUUGUCAACACACGCGUAUAACUUUGUAUUCCCAUAGAAAAUUAGUCUCAAACUCUCAAGCCUUCACACUCGAAGGUGCUUAGAUGCAAAUAAGGUGUGCGUAUUGAUCUCUCACGGGAGAGCUGUUUUUGAACUUGAAAGUUUUACAAGAACGAUGAAGAGGGAAGUUUUGGAGCAGGCAUCCAAUUGACCUCUUGCCUUCCGAUGAUUCGGCCACCGUGGUGUAUAGGUGUAACAAGUAGAGGCUUUUGGUCCAAACGGAAGCCAGAUUUCUAGAAGCUUGUAAUUUUAGAUAUAAACACUGUUUUUUUGCUUUGUGCUUGAGAAAUGUCACGUUCCCCGUAACGUGAUGUUUCUCAAGGGAGUGACUAUUAUAGUUAACACGUGUUCUUCAAGUUUAACAAGACCACUUUCCCUUGGUUUAAAUAAUUUAUUCAGAGAAA